AUGCUCCAACAACAUCCACCACCGUCACCAGGCCAUUAUUACCCAACAGCAGUUCAGCUUCAAGAUAAUAUGCCGAAAAUAACGGCUGGACCAAGUAACGCUGUUAUAGCAGAUGAAAAUUCAAAAACUAAAAACUCGCCAUUGUUGGGUAAUUCAUCUAGAUACAACAAUCAUAAGGCAAUAUCAGCAGUAGAAGAUAUUUUCAUAUCGAGUGAAG